CUCAAGCAAUGUGGUUACAGGAAUAAACAUGCAUCUUAAUGCAUCACACUUCCCAUCAGCAGCCAGGCAAGCCAGGCGACCAGGAAGUCUUGCAUUAGAUUGUGUGUAUACUGCUUGCCUUCAUGUAAAAAUGUGGCUGAGUUACCACUAACCUUAAAAGCAGCCUGGAGAACUGAUUGCAGUGAAGACCGUGAGGUGGGACAACUUUGUAGUUAAAACUCUAAACAGAGACCACUUGGGACCCUUCUUUCCUUUUAUCUACCACUGAAAUAACCUUUUGUCAACUGUCUGAGGAAGAUGGACUUCCACAAGCUCCUCUACACCAUCAGUGAGGCUCUGGCCACAGAAGACCUGGUGGCUCUGAAGUUUCUAAGCCUGGAACACAUCCCACUGCGGAAGCAGGAAGGCAUCCGUGAUCCUGAGGCCUUAUUCCUAGCGCUUGAGGAAAAGGGCAUGAUGGAGGAAGACGAUCUGUCCUUCUUAAAGGAGCUGCUGUUCAGGAUAAACCGCAUAGACCUUCUGACUGAUAAACUGAGUUCCAGCAGAGAGGAGAUGGAGAGGGAGCUUCAAAUUCCAGGGCGGGCAAAGGUAUCUCAGUUCAGGUACCUGCUCUUCCAGCUCUCAGAAAACAUAACAACAGAUGAGUUGAAAUCUUUGAAGUUUCUUCUGAUCAAAGAGCUUCCGAAGUGCAAGCUGGACAAUGAGAUGACACUGAUCAAUGUUUUCAUUGAGAUGGAGAAGAAGGGACUACUGGCAGAAGAAAACCUAGAAAUCCUCAAGACUAUUUGUGAGAAAAUUGACAAAAGCCUUCUGAAGAAAAUCGAAGAGUAUGAAUUAGACCGAAAUGUGGAAAUGUACAUCACGGAAGAACCUGGAGGCCAAACAAGAGUCUCUGAAGGAAUUACACACGUGUCUCAGGAGCAGACUACUGGACCUUUUAAAGUCCGGGACAGCCUUUGGCCUUCUCAGACUGCAUCCGAUUCUCCAGGCAUCCAGGAAGAAAUCCAGCAGCCUGACAUGUACAAAAUGAGCAGCCGACCCCGUGGAAUCUGCGUGAUCCUGAACAAUCAUGACUUUACAAAAGCAAGAUCAGAGGUGCCUAAACUUCAAAACAUAAAAGACCGGAACGGAACAGACGCCGAUGCAGCGGCUCUGAGAAAGGUCUUUACCAAACUUCACUUUGAGAUAGCAGAGCACAAAGACCUCACUGCAGAGCAAAUCCGUCACACAGUGCACGUCUACAGGAACAUGGACCACCGUGACCGGGACUGCUUUGUUUGCUGCAUCCUCUCCCAUGGUGAUAAAGGCAUUGUAUUUGGUACUGAUGGGCAGGAAACAUCCAUCCAGGAACUAACCACUUCUUUCACUGGCAUGAACUGUCCCUCACUUGCUGGAAAACCAAAAGUGUUCUUCAUUCAGGCCUGCCAAGGUGACACAUUCCAGAAAGGGGUACAUAUAGAAACAGAUUCUGCAGAGCUGGAUUCUUCUGUAGAGGCAGAUGCAAGAUUUCAACUGGAGUGCAUUCCAGAUGAGGCAGACUUCCUGCUUGGAAUGGCCACCAUGAAGGAUUUUGUUUCCUACAGAAGUACAACCCAGGGCACUUGGUACAUACAGUCACUAUGUGAGCACUUGGAGAAGAGCUGUCCACGAGGAGAGGAUAUUCUCUCGAUCCUGACAGCAGUGAACCGGGAGGUGAGCAGGAAGAAUGACAGGCUGAACCAAGGGAAGCAGAUGCCACAGCCCAGUUUCACACUCAGGAAAAAACUCAUCUUCCCGGUCAACUGAACAGGGAACUGUAGUCACCUCAACUUGAAAUCUGCUAUGGAAAAGUCUGCAGUCAGUUCUGGGCUUUCAUUAGUUACAAACUCUCAGCUUGGGAACAAUCAUACCUUUUUUUUGAAAUGCAGCUUUCCAGAGAGCAGGCUAUUUCAUUAGAAGUGUUCACUUUUUGUAGUCUGUCAGAAUUGUGAGUACAACCAGGUUGCUGGAUAGCUCAAUGCUCUCACCAGUGCCUGUAGAUCAGUGUUUCUCAGCGACCGGUCUGUGAACCGGCACCGGGCCCUGAUAUCUCCCUGACACAGUUUAGGAAGGGAGCAAGCCAGUCCCUGGUAUCAAAAAGGUUGAGAAACUCUGCUGUAGAUGAUAGCCGGUAUUAAUAUAGAGGCACUUGGCCACUUUUUCAAAUGAUGUAUUUUUCAGGGAGAAUUAUCUACCAAAUUUGGAAAACAAGAUAUUGACUAACUUAGAAUCAAGUUUAAGGUUGUGCACAUGUGUAGCUAGUUUAUGAUCAGCUUGUACAAAAAUAAAAGUAAGUUUGAGAACAUUUUAUAUCUUUGAAAAUAAGGAUACAUAUUUUAGUCCAACAGGAUAGAUUUUGAAAAAAAAAAUUGGAAGUAUAUGGCAAGGGCUUAUACCAGAAGUGCCUUUUCAAAGCACUGUUGCUGUUAACGUGCCUGACCAUCAUAGUAAGUUCUUUUCUUAAUAAAGUGUCCAUUAUACUUA